AUGAAAAAGACCGAGCACAAAAGGAAUAGAAGCGAGGAAGAGGAAGAAGAUAUUUUAGUGGAAAAUAAAAAAGUACUGCGAUCGCCGACUGUUAAGAACAGGGGAAAAGAGAUGGACAUCGAAAAUUUAGAAAGAAUGUUCCAGAGGAUGAUGGAAGAGAUGAAGUUGGAGAUCAGAAGGAAUACUGAGGAAGUGAAGUUGGAAAUGAAGAAUUUGAAAGAAGAGAUGAAGAAGAGAGAAAAGAAGUGGGAGGACGAGAGGAAGGAGUUGGAGGGAAGAAUAAAAGUUUUGGAGGAGAAAGCGGAUCGAGAAGAGAAAAUGAAGAGGAAAAAUAACAUAGUAGUGAAAAAUUUGAAGGUUUAUGAUGGGAAAGAAAAAGAAGAAGUUAAAAAACUGGUUGAUGAAGAGUUGAAUUUGAAAGUGGACAUAACUAAGGCGUAUAAAAUAAAUCGAGGAACGAAAGUAGAGAUGAUAGUCGCUGAAAUUGCAAGCUGGGAUCAGAAACAGAAUAUAAUGAAGGCAAAACAGAGAUUGAAGGGGAAAGAUAUUUACAUAGAUAAUGAUCUGACUCUAAAGGAAAGACAAGUUCAAAAACAGAUUCUUGAAAUAAGCAGAGUUGAAAAAAGCAAGGAGAAGAAAGUGAGGGUAGGAUAUAGGAAAAUAUUUAUAGAUGGAAAGCUUUUUGUAUGGGAUGAUGACGAACAAGGGGUGAAGGAGAAAGAGUAUGCGAACAUAAAUAAAGAGGCUCACUCGUCAAAAAACUAGUGAAAAAAGGAGGAUGUAGGACCAUGGCAACGACCCAGCAGGAAAAGGAAUCUGAAUUUGGAGAAAAACUUUGCACUACACAGGGAAAAUUUAGAGGAAGAGAUGGAAAUAUAAACUCGUCGAGGAAUC